CUACAAUACAAUCUUCACACACACACACACACACACACACACACACACUUCUUGUGAUCAAAGUAUUACUAUUUGCUCAUCAUCUCCAAUAUUAUUGGACUUGAAGUACUCUUGUGAAUAUAUAUAUAUAUAUAUAUAUAUAUAUCAAGAUCACUUGCUCUCAUCUAGAAUGGGGGAUAGCAGUUUCAACCUGCCACCAGGUUUCCGGUUUUUCCCUACGGACGAGGAACUUGUCGUUCAUUUCCUCCAUCGUAAGGCCCUGCUUCUGCCUUGCCAUCCAGACGUCAUCCCAGAUCUCGAUCUCUAUCCCUAUGAUCCUUGGGACCUGGAUGGUAAAGCAAUGGCUGAAGGGAGGAAAUGGUAUUUUUACAGCAGGAGGACUCAAAGUAGGGUUACUGAGAGUGGAUAUUGGCAGUCUAUAGGGGUUGAAGAACCAAUCUUUUCAAGCUCUGGCCAAAGAAUUGGUAUGAAGAAAUACUGUGCUUUUUACAUUGGUGAACCCUCGGAAGGCGUCAAGACCAACUGGAUUAUGCAGGAAUAUAGACUCAUGGAUUCAAGUUCCACCAGUAGAUCAUCUAAAAGGAGAAAUUCCAAGAUAGAUUAUAGUAAAUGGGUGGUUUGUCUAGUGUAUGAGAAAGGCGACAACGACCACGAUGAGGGGACAGAGCUUUCAUGCUUGGAUGAAGUUUUUCUGUCGAUGGACGAUCUCGAUGAGAUCAGCUUGCCUAACUAGAAAAGUUUUAAGAGAAGAAAAAAGAAAGAAUAGCUAAGGUUUAAUAAUUAUGUUGGCCUAUAGCUAUAUAUGUAGUUUUAUUUGUAGAAUUAAAUUUCCAAGACAUUAUGGUUAUUAGGAAAUGUGUAACACUUUUUCAUAUGAAGCUCAAAAUUAAUGAAAAAAAAUUUGGAAAUGUAUGGUGACAUGGCAUUGUCUGAAAGCUGACACGUGGAAAUAAGA